AGUCAAACAAACACUGCAGUGAAGUGGCAUGGCGGUGCUUGCGCGUUGCAGAGUCCUUUUUCAGGCGAUUCGGUCCCAAACGAACUGCCUAGAUGGAGUGUGCAGAUCGCAGGAUACUGUUAACCAUGCCCUCGCCAACAAAGUACAAUAUGUCCGCUCGACAGCGUACGGAGGAGCCCGUCAAUACAGCUCAGACUCGAAGGGAGACGACCUAAUCGUUAGAUACUUGGACGGUGAUGAUUCAGGAAUUGUAGUCUUUGGACUCAAUCGACCAAAAGCAAAAAAUGCCAUCAGCAAAAAUCUGGUUAAAAUGAUGUCAGAGGCUGUGGAGUCUGUGAAGAAGAACAACAAAGUGCGCACAGUGGUUAUAUGCAGCUUGGUGCCAGGGAUAUUCUGUGCAGGGGCAGACCUGAAAGAGAGGGCAAAAAUGCAGCAAAGCGAAGUGGGACCGUUUGUAACUAAGGCAAGGUCCUUGAUAACCGAACUUGGUAACUUGCCCAUGCCCACGAUCGCAGCCAUCGAUGGAGCAGCGUUGGGUGGAGGGCUUGAAAUGGCUUUGGCCUGUGACAUCAGAGUAGCAGCUAAUUCUGCAAAGAUGGGUUUGGUGGAAGCAAAGCUAGCAAUCAUCCCUGGUGCUGGUGGCACCCAGAGGCUCCCGCGGGCGAUCGGCGUGUCCCUGGCAAAGGAGCUGAUCUUCGCAGCGCGGGUGGUGGACGGCACCGAGGCGAGCAGGCUGGGGCUGGUGAGUCACUCCGUGGAGCAGAACGGCAGCGGGGACGCGGCCUACCACCGAGCCCUGGACCUGGCCCGAGAGUUCAUCCCACAGGGACCAAUAGCAAUCAGAAUGGCCAAGCUGGCGAUCAACCAGGGCAUUGAGGUGGACUUGAAGACAGGCAUGGCCAUUGAAGAGGCAUGUUAUGCGCAGGUUAUUCCGACAAAAGACCGUCUGGAGGGCCUGGCCGCCUUCAAGGAGAAGAGGACUCCGCGCUUCAAGGGCGAGUAACAAGAUGACCAAUCACAGCCAAUCAUGAAGCCCCUGCCUCUCCUGCAAACGACUGCACCUCUCACACACUCUCUCUCUCUCUCAUUCUUGCUCUCUAUCUCUCUCAUUCUUACACUCUAUCUCUCCUCCUGCGCUCUCUCUCUCUCUCUCUCUCUCUCUCUCUCUCUCUCUCUCUCUCUCUCUCUCUCUCUCUAUCUCUCUCUCUCUCCCUUUCUCUGUCUCUCAACUAGUAUCUUCAAGGCAGCAGCGUUUGCUAGUUGCUACAGCUGAAGAUGAGAGGCCAGGCCAAAACAGGCCAGGCUUGAGCCAGUGUCUCUUGCUCACUGAGGAAGAGUGAGCUGGGAUGUGGGCAUUUUGGAGAGUGUGGUUGGAAAGUUGUGAUGGGGCAUUGGCGGUUAGGAGAAUAUGGGGAGGGUUAAACUGGAGGGAGGGGGGGGGGGUCCAAAUUUAGUAGGCAAGAGCAAUCAUCACUACUAACCAGCUAGAGGUAUAGUAUAUAAAACUCUUAGUCACAAAUGUUGCGGCACUCCUUCCUAAACCAUUUUUAUUCCUCUCUCACUUGACGUGUAAUGGAGAUUGUUUGGCCUUGAAGUGGUGUGAGACAGGGGUGUCCAGUGUUUGGUCGCUAGCAUCUACUGUGGUACUAAUUCCUAAUGUGGUAAAUCAAACACAGUCCUAGCAUGACACUAAUAUGAUGGUUGCCUUAGUAGAAAAAAAUGAGGUGCUGCAGGCUUUGGUUUAUAUGGGUCCUUGGUGGGGUAUUCCAGACAACUGGUGUAGUCACUUAGCUGGGGGAUUACAGCAGCUCAGAGGAAGUCAUAAACCUUGUAAUAGCAUAGUCAUAGUCAUAGUGGGUUACUUAUUUUUUCAUAGAACAGUUAACCUCAGACUGUCCCAUUAGUAGAUUUAUGGCUCGCUCAGAGUUAACUUAACCGGGUUAGUGACUACACCUGGGGCCUAUACUAAGAAGCUGGUUCAGGAAUGAGCUUGGUUAAGUGAAGAGGUAAAUCAUCUAAUAGAAGAGCAUGGAGUCUUCAUUUUCUUUAGAACAAAUCAUCUAAUGGAAGAGCAUAGACUCCAGGCUCUUCUAUUAGAUGAUUUACCUCUUAACUUUACCUGGUUUACUCCUGAACCAUCUUCUUAGUAUAGGCCACGUGUUUCUGGAAUAUGUCCCUGUUGUCAGGACAUGAAUAACUAACUGUGAGAUUGGACUUUAAAUGGGGUGGGAACGGGGUAGGAUAUUUAGCAUGAAUUCAUGCCAUAUAUGAAUUUACGUUUUUUGUCUGUCUUCAUUAGUUUUAAUUGUCACUGCCUUUCCCCGCCAUGUUAAAACGCAUGAAAGGGGCAAUUGUUCAUUGAAAUUUGUGUUCAAGUUUGUUUUCAUCAAACGUACUGUUGCAUUUCAUGUCUCUGUGUGUGAAGAUUUUAUUCAGGUUAUAUUCCAACAUUGCUAGUGCAAAUUCUAAUGGCCUUGUCGCCGUGUUGAAUGACCAUAUUCUGUAACUGUGUAGAACUACUGUAUACUGACAGUGUAGUCCUACUUACUUUGUCAUCAGAUGAAUGCUUUUGAAUGCAAGCUGUAUUUUCCCAUAAAGUUUGUAAAGAGUCAAUAAAUCAAUUUCAUUGUUCUGCCA